CGGACCAUGUGCGCGUGUUAAAAACAAUUGUUGACAUAUUCGCUCUCCCAUUGCAGAGAAUAAUAAUAUAGGCAUUUUAACUUAUUUAACUUUAUAGAUUUGUGCUCAAUAUUUCCACAAAAUGAAGAAAAAGGUGAAUAAAAAUGUCACUAAAGUCGAAGAGAAGCAGCCGCAAGUAGAUCUUGAAGAGAACGAAGAUGAGGAGACCGAAGAGGAAUUAGAAGACGAGGAGACCGAAGAGGAACUAGAUGACGAGGAGAACGGAGAGGAACUAGAGGACGAGGAGAUCGAAGAGGAACUAGAAGACGAGGAGAACGGAGAGGAACUAGAUGAUGAGGAGAACGGUGAGGAGCUAGACGAGGAGGAAGAUGAAUUGGAUUUGGCAGCCAGCUCCACAGAUUCCGAUACAGAUGAAGAUAUAGAAGAAGAUGAUGCUGACACUGAUGAUGAUGAUGACGAGAAUCAGGAAAAAUCCAAACCUAAGACUAAGGCCGAAAUCAUCGAUGAACAACUACACAACAAGUACGACCAGAUAAAGGGCACACGUCUCUUUCUUCGUUUCCCAAAAAAAUUGCCUCUGGACGAGACAGAGUUCGUGAAGAAAGUUAAGUCACUGCAUCAACUAAUAGCCAAACCCAUUAAGCCGCGACAGAAACAUGCCCGCUUUUGUCUGGUAGACUUCAAGUCUCAAGAAGAUCGUGACGCAGCUUUAGCGGACAUUAAGAAGGACAUUGCAAAGGGCAAAGACGAUUUUAAGGGCAUUUUUGUAAGCCUUCCCAAAACUGAAUCCCAUGAGUUUAUUAACGAUUUGGUGGCCCGCAAGACACUGUCGCUGGAGAACAAGAAGACCAAGUCAUUGAUGAAACGUGCAGCCAAGAAGGUUGAAAAAGGCGGAAAGGAUAAUUUUACCUCAACACUUGUCAUUUGCAAUUUGCCAAAGACUUCGUCUGUCGCCCAAGUACGUCAAUUGUUUGAAAAUGCAGUUGAUAUACAAAUCAAGUCGGGCAAGGGUAAAUUCCGUGACUUCAAUGCGGCCUCCGUGACCAUGCCUACCACCUAUGAUGCUCGAAAAGUGAUCAAGCAACCAUUUAGCUUAAGUGGCACCAAACUGCUGCUGCGAUUUAACAACAGAAAAAAUAACAGCAAAAACAAAAAGAAUAAGAAGACCCAAAAACAGAAACGCCAAUUGGCCGACAAUGGGGAAGUUCCUGCCAAAAAACUAAAGCAGAUAGUUUAGAAACUAAACUACAAACUUUGUCUUAAUUGCUAUAAAUAAACGAUAAUACAUUAAUUUUGUCAAUUUUAAAAUAUUGAUUUAUUGUUGUUUAUACAUAUAUAUAUAGAUAUAUAUUGUAGUAGGCCCAAUGAUAUACAAUAAAUUGGUUAUUUAAGCUUA